AUGUCUGGAGAAAAACGACCUGCCCAAGAAGCUUUUGGGUCAUCUAGUCAGCUUGUUGUGAAACGAAAAAAGUCCGACGCUGGCUUGGAUAAUAGCACUGCCGUGGUUAAAAGCUCGUCGCAGAAUGGAACACUUGUGCAAGCAUGGCUUGAGGCGCCGAUUAUGGAGCUAACAGGCCAUUCCGGUGAAAUCUUUACUGUCCGGUUCGACCCUACCGCACAGCAUAUUGCAUCCGGUUCAAUGGAUAGGUCUAUUUUGCUUUGGAAUACCUAUGGACAAUGUGAAAAUUAUGGUGUUUUGACAGGCCACCGAGGAGCGGUGCUUGACCUACAGUGGUCUCGCGACUCAAGAACGAUCUUCUCCGCGUCAGCCGAUGCAACGCUGGCAAGUUGGGAUCUGGAAACUGGGCAAAGAAUACGUCGCCACGUGGGUCACGAGGAGAUAGUGAACUGUCUAGAUAUUAGCAAGAGGGGCCAGGAAUUGUUGGUCAGUGCCAGUGAUGAUGGUUGUGUGGGAAUCUGGGAUCCCCGGCAAAAGGAUGCUAUUGAGUAUCUGGAAACGGAACUGCCCAUUACUGCAGUGGCCUUGUCGGAAGCAGGUAACGAAAUUUACAGUGGCGGCAUUGACAAUGCGAUUCAUGUAUGGGACCUGCGGAAAAAAUCUAUCACUUAUUCCAUGACAGGGCACAUGGAUACUAUCACCUCAUUGGAAAUUUCGCCAGACUCGCAGACUCUUCUUUCUAAUUCUCAUGAUUCGACUGUACGCGCAUGGGAUAUCCGACCUUUUGCGCCAACAAAUCGACUCAUCACGACGUAUGACGGCGCUCCUGUCGGGCUAGACAAGAACCUCAUUCGAGCAAGCUGGGAUCCGAAGGGUGAAAGGAUUGCUGCGGGAAGUGGUGACAGGAGCGUAGUCGUCUGGGAUUUCAAAACUGGAAAGCUUCUAUACAAGCUCCCCGGGCAUAAGGGCACAGUCAAUGAUGUACGAUUUUCACCGAACGGUGAACCCAUCAUUGUUUCUGGCUCAUCUGAUCGAACCCUGAUGCUCGGAGAACUUGGCAAAUGA